AUGGCAGGUCACUUUCAGCAGGCGGAUCUCUGCUUGUGGUCGAACAACGUUAGGGGCCUUAACGCCCCGGAACGGCGCUCACACCUUCUCCGCACCCUGUGGGUGGCACGCGCGUCUCUGGCAUUCGUCCAGGAAACUCACUUCCAGGGGCGAAAUGUACCAGCGCUGCGAGACACCCGCUUCCCGACGGGAUACUUUGCCAACCACCCACAUGCCAAAAAGUCGGGGGUGGCAAUUCUCAUAGCCCGUACAGUGCCUUUUCAAAGCCAAGCUGAGCUGGCGGACCCAGAAGGCCGCUAUAUAUUCGUGAAAG